AUGGGUGGCGUAGCAGCUGUCGCCCAAUGGAAGUGCAUGAGUGAAACCGAACAGAAUCGAUGGCGUGACCUAUAUAUUGCUUGGUGUCUUUCACAUGGUCAUGUUUCCACUCCCUCGAAGAAGAAGAGUUCCGAGCCUGCUCCCAGUCCUGUCUCGACCAUGAAAUCGGGCCGUGCUCCAGUUCCACAGCCAGUGGCUGAGUCAGAGCCGCGCUUCACGACCCGAGCGCAGACCACCGAAGAGUUUGAGAAACGUUGGCAAUUUUUGUCCGAAUCCCUCCAAGAAUCUACAUCCUCCAGUGAUUUCUUGAAGCGAGCGCAAGAUUUUCAUCUCCUCUACCUCGAUGUUUGCCACUUGCUCUCCUUGGGCACAUGGACUGGAAGCGCCGCCAAGGCAGAGCGUGCACUGAAACCUUGGAAAGUGAACCGGAACAAGCUCAGUCGAGUCCAGGAAUGGCUUGCAGACUUCUACCUGAGGUCUGACGAUGAGGAUCCAAAUUAUGUGCCGGCUAGAUUUGCGGCAGGCAAGUACGGUACAGGAAUGUUGACCAUACCUCAGCGCAAAGAUUUGGUCACACACGUGACCUUGUGCAGCCUGAGCAAUUGCCCGCUGUCAGUGAAAGAGAUCAAGCAGAGCAUGUAUAGAUUUUACCUGCUCAACGCCAACAUUAUUAAAGCAGAAGAGCCAACUGACUGGGCAACUUUUGACGCCCAUGAAAAGAACAUGAAUCAUAUAUACAGAGGAUGGAUGGACUGGGUAAAACAGAGCUACCCGAAGGACUUUCACAUCCGCCGGAAAGCCUUGCGCGCACUCUCCAUCGAUGCGGCAUCUUCUUUAACACCACAAGCUAUUCAGACAUAUUUUGACGGGCUCGAAGUGAUUUGCAAGGACAUCAAGCUGACUGGUGAUGACCAAAAAUGGGUUGACGGAGCUGGUGACAGAAUCUGGUGCGUCGAUGAGAAGGGAUUGGAAGCAUUGGACCAUGGCAAGCUGAAAGGCAGACGUGUGUUGGUGCCUAACAUGGCUCAGACUGCUACCAAGUCUGUGGCCGAGGGAAGCUUCGGACAUAUCUCCUUGCUGCCGUUCGUGUCCAUGUCUGGAAAAGUGAGUCCUCCGAGCUUAUGUGUGCAAGGCUCCGUCUACUGCAAGUCGUGGACUACAAUGUGGCCCGAGGCAGAGAUUCGUGCAACUCCGAAGGGCGCAAUGACAGGGGAGCUGUUUUGUCAGUUUUGUAUUCGUUGGGAGCGGUGGGUGCGCGAGUCAUUGGACAUCCCACGCCCAACGGAAUUGCUGCUUCUUUUAGACAGUGGAGGAGGAUCUUUGAUUCACUUGACACCAGAAUUCACAAUCUUCUGUGAUGCUGCAUCUGUGCGUCCAUUUUUUUUCCCGCCGUAUGCAACGGCUGCUUGUUGUCCUCUCGAUCAAGCUCCCAACAUGGUGUGCGAACUUCGCUGGGAUGAGCUACGCUCGAAGGGGCAUGGCAUGAACCAGCUGCAGGCCCUGGACUGUUCGCAUGAUUGCUGGGACACUGGCUACAGCAGCAAGAACAUCGUCAGUGGAUUCAAGAAAUGCGGCUUGUCUGACUCCGGCAUCGACCGGACAGUCGUGCUUGUUGACCGCGGCCCGCAACUGUUUCGCAGCACUGUGAGCAAAGAGGAUCUCCAAGUUACUACCAAAGCAGCUACUGCUUUGUUGCACAGGCCUACAGGGUACAAAAAAUCUGACGACAAGAUGCCUUGCACUCAUUGCGCCAAGCGCACUCCGUGCAGCAUGCCGCGUUGUGGAUUCUGUGGAAAGGAAAAUGCACAUUACAGCGUGGUGGCAGAGUGCGUCGAGAAGGGUGUGAAAGGAGGCGGCUUCACCCGAACUCAGCCUGAGGUUGCUUGUUUUGAAGAAGCCACAUCGCAUGUCCAACCAGGCCAUAAGGCCAAUCUGGCAAAAUGGAGUGGCGACCUCAUUGGUGAAAUGAGGCGCCGAAGAGAUAAAGAGUCUAAAGAUUCUAAAGAGUCUUCUUCCUUGAAGCCUACACCUGCUACUCCUGAGAUUGCUUCUUCCUCAAAGCCUACGCCAACUGCUCCUGAGACAGCUGAGCCUCCUUCCAGUUCUGAUCAUCAGCCUCCGAAAACAGAAACUCCUGCAGAAGAGCCGCAGAAGAAAGAAUAUGAUCUUGAAAAUCCACAUGACUGCGUUGAAUGGAUUGUCGUGGCAUUCAAGCAAAGUCAGCAGGCCGAAGUCAGACCCGUUGCUGACUUCUUUGUCCAAAAUCUUCAAAAGAAGAAAGGUAAGGACACGUUGGCAGAAGCUUUCUACAAAACUGUGCUUGCGCCGAAGCUGUUGGCAAAGCCACAGGGGCGGGAAGCUUGGUUUAAAGCACAGAGACACAAUCGCAGCUUGCGGUUUGUUGCGCACCCAAAUGCUCAGUAGUGAGAAAAAA